GGCAUGUUUAUGUUGUGUGUUUGUAUGUGUUUAAUGGGUAGGACGCCUCGAGAGCAGAAAGGCCGGUAUAAAUUAAUGUCCUCAGCCGACAGACUUAUUGGGGCAUCUGCGGGCCUGCUCGGGGCGGCCUCCUCCGCUUUUCUUUUGGCCCCCUAAGCGCGCCUCAGCCCUCAGCGCAAGCCUGGCGCGCCCCGCGGCUAGGCCUCUGCGCCCCCCCGCCGUCUCUUAGCAACUGGCGGGGGCCGCUGAUUGGCUGGAGCCGCUCCCGCCGCCAUUUUCAAACCUCCGCCAUUAACCAUCCUCCGCCCGGCCUCGGCAGGCGAGUCUGGUCUCGCCGGGCAUGGAGAGCGACCCUCUGGCUGGGAAGCCCCCGCUGAGGAGGAAGGGGAGGCCGCAGCCGCCGCGGAGGAGGCGGCCCAGCGCCGCAGGGGACGCUCCUGAGAGGCAUAGUAUCGGCGGGGGAGUCGCUUCGCCCGCAGAGACCCGGCGCGGCGGGACGACGGAGCAGGCCUUAAGCGCUGAAGCCGCGGCCUCCUGUGGGCGGUACCCUCUGCGGCGAGGAAGCUCAUUCACUUUUCUAACUCCUGGACCACAUUGGGAUUUUACUCUGAAGAGGAAGCGGAGGGAAAAAGAUGACGACGUUGUCAGUCUUUGUAGCCUUGACCUUAAGGAGCCCAGCAAUAAGCGUGUCCGACCUCUGGCUCGGGUCACCUCCCUGGCAAACCUGAUUUCUCCUGUAAGAAAUGGUGCAGUGCGGCGAUUUGGGCAGACGAUUCAGUCCUUCUCCCUCCGGGGUGACAGCAAGUCUCCAGGUAGUGCCCAGAAGCCGUGCAGCCGCUCUGCAGCCCCAACACCUCCCAAAAGAAGAAACAGUGUGCUGUGGUCUGAGACUCUGGAUGUCAACAUGAAAGAGACGCUGAGCAUGAAGGAGAUCAAGCGCCAAGAGGCAAUAUAUGAAAUGUCCCGGGGUGAGCAGGAUUUGAUUGAAGACCUGAAGCUUGCCAGAAAGGCUUACCAUGACCCCAUGUUGAAGCUGUCCAUUAUGUCUGAAGAAGAACUCACUCACAUCUUUGGGGACUUGGAUUCCUAUAUCCCUUUGCAUGAAGACUUCCUGGCAAGACUGGGAGAAGCAACGAGACCAGAUGGAACAGUGGAGCAAAUCGGACCUAUUCUUGUGAAAUGGCUACCAGGGCUGAAUGCGUACAAGGCCUACUGCAGCAACCAGCUGGCAGCCAAAGCACUUCUGGAUCAGAAGAAACAAGACCGUAGAGUCGAGGACUUCCUCCAGCGUUGCCUGGAAUCUCCCUUCAGCCGCAAGCUAGACCUCUGGAGCUUUCUGGAUAUCCCUCGGAGUCGUCUGGUCAAGUACCCUCUGCUCUUGAAGGAAAUCCUUAGGCAUACGCCCAAUGAUCACCCUGAUGUUCAGAUUCUGGAAGAAGCAAUCUCUAUAAUCCAAGGGGUUCUCUCUGACAUCAACUUGAAGAAAGGGGAGUCUGAAUGUCAGUACUAUAUUGAUAAACUGGAGUACCUUGAUGAGAAACAGAGAGACCCAAGGAUCGAAGCAAGCAAAGUACUGCUUUGUCACGGGGAGCUGAAGAACAAGAAUGGUCAUAAACUCUAUGUCUUCCUGUUCCAAGAUAUUUUGGUUCUAACUCGGCCUGUCACACGUAAUGAGCGUCAUUCCUAUCAAGUGUACCGACAACCAAUCCCAGUUCAGGAUCUGGUGCUGGAGGACUUGCAGGAUGGGGAUGUGAAAAUGGGAGGGUCCUUCCGAGGUGCAUUUGGCAAUUCUGACAAAGCUAAAAACAUCUUCAGAGUCCGUUUCAGGGACCCAGCCCCGGGCCAAUCCCACACGCUCCAAGCCAACGACAUCUUCCACAAGCAGCAGUGGUUCAACUGCAUCCGUUCUGCCAUUGCGCCGUAUCAGCAGACUGUUACGCCUCCCGAGCUCAAGGAGCUGCCGGAGCUUAGCGAGGAGGUGGAAGAGAACAAUUCCUCUGUCUCCAGUGCCAAAAUCCAGAGGCGGCAGUCCACUCUGUCCAGCAAUAUUCACAUGGAGCUGGAGGAGAGUGCUUCAGAGCGCAGCUCUGUGAUGGACCUGAGUGAGGAGCCCAGGGCCACCAAGACCUCCAGGAUUCAUUCUGGGCUCAGAAGGACAAGGCUCAGUAGCAAGCGGAAAGAAACGCUGGUCUAAAAAGGAACCGGAGAUCUUCCUCCACUGUUUAUUUAUAAAUACAACUGUGUAUAUAUUUCCUGUAAUGUGAGAAUGGUGGGGGUUACUCCUUCUCCUUCAGAAGAACAUAAACAUUGUGGUUUUUUGGUUUUUUUUAAAACUUGUUUUAUGGCAGCUACUGGUUUUCAGCGAACUUUGUUGAACUGGAGUCUGAUCGGGGGCGGUGGGAAUCAAGGACUCUGUGACUGUGGACUUUUGGAGGCUCCCAAGUUCUUGAGAUUCUCCUAGGAGAGCAUUUUGCAGAAUGUUUCAGUAGUUACUGCAGAAUUUGGGACAAUUUGUUGCUCAAGUUUUUGAGUUGUGUUCCAAAGCAUUUAGAGCAGCUUCAUCUUAAACGGCUAUUUUUUCUCACCAAGUCAGCAUUGCAAGACAAUUCUUCCUUAGCUUGCAGUGAGGCCGUGUAACUCCGACUUGCACAGAAAUCCCCAGGCCACCUAAUCUGGAGCAGUCUGAUCAAAGUCAGUGGGAUUACUCCAGCACUUGCUCUAGGAGGAAGUGGUCUGAGGCCUGCAGCCCACACUUAAGAAAAUGGACUCCCAUGUUCAACAGGUUCCCAUUUUACUGACUGGAAUUCUGUACCUUUUUUUCCCCUCUUGGUUCAUUGUACAUUCCUUGUGUGACUUGAUAUUACCUGCCAUGUAUUUAAUCUUUUUUUAAAAUAUUAUUUUUAUUUGAAGAAGUUUGAGGAGAACUUGUUUUGUAUUUUGAUUUCAGUGGUUUCUCAACACUGAAUUGACUUAUUUCUUUGAAGUAUUUGGGGGUGUGUGCAUGUAUAUUUAAAAGCCAAUUCAAAACUUUAACAGGUGAAAGAAAGCCAUAACGUCUUGAGCCAUUGGGGAAAUUAGAUGAGUUUCUAGCUCCCAACUGAUCCAGGUGCCUGUACCUUUAAAAUAGCAGUACUUCAGGGAGGAGGAGUCAAGUAAUCAGAUUCUUCUCCCUCUUUUAAAAGGUACAGAAGAACCCAAAUGGUCAGCGAAUGGCAAUCUUAAUAUAGUGGAAGAUUUUCCAUUUUUGGAAAAAAGACUGUUUUUGAUGUAGCAUUUGGGGCUGACCACAACAGGCUUGUGUGCUCUGAACUACUGAGUGGGAAUUGCAGUGAAUGCAGAAGGCCUUGGGAAUGUUGUAGAAGGCUUAGGCAAAGGAAGAAUUCUACUGUGGUGAGUGCAAAGGGACGAGGCUGUCUUUGAGGGCAUCAAAUGAUGCAUGCCAUGGGAAGCAAAAGAAGGCACAGUGUAUGUUGUGAGGAGGUUUGACAGGAGGCAGUAGUGGUUGCGUUAGUGAGAAGGUUGGAAACCGAGUAAGCUGAUUUACCAGAGACUUUUUUUGGUGGGGGGGCAUAUCUCCAGUGAGGAGGGAAGCUUAUUUUGUUGUAAUGCAAAACAAAACAGCAGAAAGCAGUAGUGAACUGGUUUUGUGGCAUACCUGAAGCACUACCAAAAACUGGCAGAAGAGAGGGAGAGAAGUAUAGCAAAUGAAUUGACUUGGGUAAAAAAAAAAUUGAUGCAGAAGAACAUCUGGCCAGAAGUGAUGACAGGGAUGAAGUUCUGGAAGCGAAUGUAAAUAGUCAACAACCAAAGCUAAGUGGUUCUCUGUAAAUGUUUCUUUGUACAGUGUCACAAAGAGUACAAUUAAAACUUACUGCAUCUCU